AUGUCUGCUCGUGACAAGCCUUGUUCCGAGAUGCAAUCCAUCAAGUACGAAAGCGUGGAUUCUAGCGAGGCAGAUGCUCUCGAGCAUGAAGCCACAGAUUCUAUCGACCCGUCUAAUGAGACCGAAGAGCCAUCACAAUACAACCGAAUCUUCGUCACCCGGCAGAAAUGGUUGCUCUGGCUGAAUUCCUUCAUUUUCUGUCUCUCCGCUGUUCUGCUUUUGCUCAACGUGAGUCUUAUCCAAAAGGGGCAUGAUGAUCCCAAUGACUUGUUGAGAAAGACCUCGGAACACUCUCCAAUAUUCGACCACAUCAACAUCCCCUUGAUUACCAAGAGAAUGAAUGCAACAUUAGUCGAGCCAGACCCAUUGCCUAUCUACCGCCGUCCGCCGAGUCCUGAAGUCGACGCAGCUUGGAACCGCCUGGCUAACAUCAAACCCAUUGUGAUUAGUCGCUCCGACGUCAUCAAACUUGGGCGCGAUCCCUCGAUAGCAGCUAAAUGGCCAGAAAGCUUCGGAUUUGGGCCCGAAGCGUAUAUUGGCCGCAUCGAUGUGUUCCACCAGAUCCACUGCUUGGACUGGCUUCGACGAGAAGCGCACUUUGACCACUACUAUGGUAGGAAGUGGCCUCCCGGCACUCCUACGUCUGAUAUGCAUCGGACUCAUGUGUCACACUGCAUCUACCUGCUCCUCCAGAACCUGAUGUGUAGCGCGAAUGUCGAUAUCUACACGCACUACUGGGCCGACGCACAGCUCAAUGCCUUUCCGGAUUUUAGUGUCAACCAUAAAUGUCGCGAUUUUGACGCGAUCCUGAAAUGGCAGGAAGACAACUCUAUCGACGUUGACUUGUUUGGAGCUAUUCGCAAGCCGCCCGACUAUGAGGAGAGAAUCAUGUCGCAUCGCUUCAAAGAGCUCUUUGGCUGGUUUGAUUCGAACCCGGACGACGGUUCUGACAGUGGGCAGAUCGGUUAG